GGCUGCUGUGGGCGGAUCAGACGUCCAUGUGAAGAUGCUGGCGGCCCCUAUCAAUCCAUCUGACAUAAAUAUGAUCCAAGGUGCGGGUGGGAGAUUCCUGUGAUUCGCAGCAGCUGUUCUCCAGAUGUGCCAUCUGCAGGCUGCAAGCCCUCUCCGGCCUCCCCUCUCUGGAAUGCGAGGCUUUCCAGGAGUUACGGAGACGGCAGCGGGGAGUAAACCAACCGCUGUGAGGUGCCUGCGGAGUGCCCGCUCAUUUCAGCCACUAUCUAAUCCCCGUGAUGACCGUGAAUGCUGGAAAGGCCCCUUUACAGACAAAAAGGCGGAGGCUCAGAGAGGCCGGAAAUUACGGCCUCCUUCCCAAGCUGCCCGCUGUUGGAGGGAACGAAGGUGUUGGACAGGUGGUAGCAGUGGGCAGCAGUGUGACUGGGGUGAAGCCAGGAGACUGGGUGAUUCCAGCAAAUGCCGGUUUGGGAACCUGGCGGACCGAAGCUGUGUUCAGCGAGGAAGCACUGAUCGGAGUUCCAAGUGACAUCCCUCUCCAGAGCGCUGCCACCCUGGGUGUCAAUCCCUGCACGGCCUACAGGAUGUUGACGGACUUUGAGCAGCUGCGGCCAGGAGACUGUGUCAUCCAGAACGCGUCCAACAGUGGAGUGGGGCAAGCAGUCAUCCAGAUUGCCGCAGCGCGGGGCCUGAGGACUAUCAAUGUGGUCCGAGACAGGCCUGACAUUCAGAAACUGACUGACAGACUGAAGAGUCUGGGGGCCGAGCAUGUUCUCACCGAAGAGGAGCUAAGGAAGCAUGAGAUGAAACAUUUGUUUAAGGACAUGCCCCAGCCCCGACUUGCUCUCAACUGUGUUGGCGGGAAGAGCUCCACAGAGCUGCUGCGACACUUAGCGCCUGGGGGCACCAUGGUGACCUACGGGGGAAUGGCCAAGCAGCCUGUCGUAGCCUCUGUGAGCCAGCUCAUUUUUAAGGAUCUCAAACUUCGAGGCUUUUGGUUGUCCCAGUGGAAGAAGGACCACAGUCCAGCCCAGUUCAAGGAGCUGAUUCUCACACUGUGCGGUCUCAUCGGCCGAGGCCAGCUCACGGCCCCCGCCUGCUCCGAGCUCCCACUGCAGGACUACCAGCGCGCCUUGGAAGCCUCAAUGCGGCCCUUCGUGUCUUCAAAGCAGAUUCUGACCAUGUGCUGAGCACACAGGAGCCACAGUGAGGUGGGAGGGGAGACGGGUCAGCAGGACUGGUUUCGGGCCCCUCAGUCGGGGCCCUUCGCCCUUCCCAGGCUGCCCGCUGACUAGGAGGGUUGUGAAGCUAGCCAGGGCCAGCCCCUGGGUGUCUAAUAAAGUCUGAACUUCCUAAAACCAAACACA